UGAAUUAAAUUUUUUGACAGAAAAUAAAUAAUAUAUAAAAAAAAGUCCCGUAUUUAUACCGAUACUUAAGUCCAUUAGUAAAACGUUUUACGUGUACAGUGAAUUUGUAAAAGUAUUAAAGGAAAUAAAAUAAUAUUUGAAUAAAUUUAUAAAAAUAAUUGUAGUCAUUUAAAAUAAAAAAAUUUUAAAAAUGACAGAAAAUAAUUUUACAUUACCACCGGCUCCAAAUGACUUAUGUUUUACAACAGAGGAUUUUAUUGCGUUGGAUUUUGAUGUUGACAGUUUUUUACAUGAACACAGAAAAAAUGCAAGUUUAGAAACAAUGAGAGAUGAUCUUGGAGUUUACUUGAAAAUACUGAGAUCAGCAAUGAUUGAACUUAUAAAUAAAGAUUAUGCUGACUUUGUUAAUCUAUCUAAGGAUUUAAUUGGCCUUGAUAAAGUGAUAGAUCACUUACAAGCACCUCUUGGUCAAUUACGUGAAGAAGUUAUGCAAAUAUGUCAAACAUUAGAUACGGCUACGAAGGAUAUGGAGAAUGGAUUACAGGAACAUCAACGGAUACGUAAUUUAAAACAAUCAAUGCAUAGUCUAGGGCGUGUUUAUAAAUCUGUUUCAAAAUUAAAAUUAAUAUUAGAAUCCCAUGUAAUUAAAUUGGAUAUUUUAGAACGUGCUGCUACUGAAUAUAAUCAAUUAAGAUUUCAUAUGACAAGAUGUAAAGAAUAUAUAUCAGAAGAUUUAAAUAAAAAUUUUUUGAAUUUAGAAAAACAGUUAAUGAACAGCCUUGAUUCACAAUUAUUGUCGUGUAUUAAAAAUAAUGAUAAUAAUACUGAUAAUCUUAUUUGUUGUCUCAGAAUUUACGUGACUAUUGAUAAAAUUGAUGAGGCAGAAAAUUUAGUGAGAAAAAAAAUAGUAUCAGUAUUAAUAGAAGAUAUUAUUUUAGAAAAAAAUAUAAAUAAUGAAUUACUUGGUCUUCAAGAUCUUUAUAAAAAAUUAUUGAAUAUAUUGGAUGUAGAAUUAAAAAAAUUAUUGGAAGUUACUUCGCAUUCUGACGUAACCACGGGACGUAAUUUUAAUUUUCUUGUUAAUAGUUUUUGGCCAGAAGUUGAAGAAAAAAUAGAAUUACGUUUAAAACAAAUUUUUGCACCUGGUAAUCCUGAUUUAUUUUAUAAACGCUACACAGAAUCAUUAGAAUUUGUUACCAAGUUGCAAGCUAAAUGUAAAAAUGAUGAUAAUCUUGCUCAAUUAAAGUCUCAUCCACUUUUUAUACAAUUUCUUAAGAAAUGGAAUUUACCAGUUUACUUUCAAAUUCGCUUCCAAGAGAUUGCUGGAUCAGUCGAACAAAUUUUAUGUCAUCCUGUAUCAGCUGGAUCAAUUAAAAUAAAUGUUACUAAUUUAUAUCCUACUGACACUGAUAAAUUUUCUCUUUACGUAAGUGAAACAACAUGGGAAUGUCUAAUGAAAACUUGGUCCGAUGGAAUAUUUCUUCCUCAAUUACUCCAUCAGUUUUGGAAACUAAAUCUUCAAAUAUUUUCACGUUAUCGAACGUGGAUAACUGAUGCAUUGAAACAAUCUUGGAAUACCGGAACAAGAUCAGCAGCAAUUAAUAGUAAUAUUAUUGAACCAGAGCCACCUAAUCGAUUGGAAUUUCUCGUCUGUCUUUAUACUGAUUUGGAAAAAAUAAUUAAAAAAUUGCCAAUUAUUUUAGAAGUUGCGCUAACAAAACUAAUCAAUAUUACACCAAUGAUUCCCAACUUGUUAAAUGAAUCUUUAGAUGAUAUGAAAUCAAAUUUGAUAUCAGAUUUACCAAAAAUAACUCAAGAAAUAGUUCAAGAAUUAUUAACUAAAAGUUCAUCAAACUUAAAACAAGUCAGUGAUAUUCCAAGACUUUUUAGACGGACAAUGAGAGAACGACCAACUCAACCUUGUGCUUAUAUAAAAAAUGCUGUUGGGAUAUUGAUUGAAUUUCAUUCAACUUAUCAAAAUAUUGUUCCUCAUGCUGUUAUUCACUGGCUUCAAUUAACAUUGUCUUCAUUAAGUGAACAAUAUUAUUCGUCAGUUAAAGAUGUCCUUGAGUCAGUUCAGAAGACAGAAGAAAGUCUUAGAAGGCUAAAAAAAAUUCGUGAUAAAUCAUCUGGAACGUCUUCAUCAGAAACUCAAGGCAUUAGUGAUGAUGAUAAAAUUAGAAUACAGUUAGAAAUAGAUGUUUUAAGUUUUGCUGAUAUUGUCAAGACACUUAAUAUUGAUAGAUCCGAUAUUCCGCAUUUAGAUAAAUUGACAGAAGUUGUUGACUCUGCUGUCAAAUAUAAACAUGAAUUAAAAUGAUAAAUGAAAAGUAAUUAAUUAAAUAAAAUAGAUUGUAUAUAUUGUUAAAUUUUUUUAUAUAUUAAUUAAAUAAAUAGGAGAUUGAGUGAACAAUUAUUUUUUAAUCAAAUACGUCACAUUUUUGAAUUAGAUUUAUAAGUUUAUUUUUUAUCCUCGUAUACAUGUAUACGUUUAUCGGCUGUCUUGUAUGCGAGUGUAGUACAUAAUAAUAAUUAGUGGAAUGUAAUUAUUCCACGUGGGUGUCAAACCUACGAUUAUUUUAUUAAUUCAUUAAUUCAAUUAAUAUAUUAUUUAAUAAUUGAUUAUAGCCAGAAGAUAAAUUACCUUCAUAAGAAUAAAAAUGUUUUUACUUAAUGAAGUUAAUGAAUGAUUUUUUACUCUUCCUCAUUACUUUACGAUACGCGAUAUUUGAAUGAAUGAUAUUUUUUUUUUUGUUACUAAUUAUUUUAUUUGUUUAUUAUUUAACUUUACUAAUCAGAGCUUAAUUGGAAUUAAAUUCCCCUAAUGUCUUAAAUACACAAUAAUUAAUAUUUAUAUAACGAUGCAUUGAGUAGCAAUGAGUACACAAAAAAAAUCAAUUAAAGUUUUGUCAGCAAUGUCACCAGUAAAUUUAUUCUACUUGUAAAAUUGAAUCUUAUCAACAAACAUAAAUUUCUUUAAAUCAAAUAAUGCCAAUUAUAGUUUUUUAUUUUGUUUAACUAUCGUCUCAUUGAAAUUUAAUUACUUUUGUUUGCUGACAUGAUUAAGGAUUAUGACCGACAAAAUAUUACAAUGAAAUAAUUAUACAAUUAACAUACAAUAAAUAAUAUCCAUUAACAUUUUUUUAAAAUCCAUAGUAACAUAUUUAUCUGAAGAAAA